AUGGCAACUCGCCCAAGCCGCUACCGCUCAUCGACCUCUGCGUCGGCAGCACAAUCAAUAUCGAAAGCUGUUGAAGUCCUGCAAAAGCUGUUGGAAGGGGUGACUACUGUACUCGUCGUAGAGACGGACCAUGGAUACCCAGAUGCCGACGAGCUCGUGAAACAUAUAUCGCGAAUUCGACAGCAUUUGGCUGCAGCUGCUCCGCCGAGCUCUGUUCAGGAUGACUUUCGACAUUUGCGGGGCUUUCAUCGCAUCUUUGAGGUUCUGCGGGCAUAUUCGGGCUUUUACAACCCCCAAAAACGUAGCGAACAGGAGAAGAAGAGUUUGUUUGGCUUAUUAGAUGCCGUCUUGGGCGUCCUGUCGGCAGCUUUCCGCGGCCAUCCAGGAAACCGGCGCUAUUUUCGUACACGAGUCGAAAGAGGCGGCUGGGAAGCCCUGGAACAGAGCAUCGCGAGCAUUGGUCUCGGUGGCAGUGACCUGGACUUUUGGACCAGUGGCCAGCUUUUCGGCAAGCUCCUCGCUUUUGCGCUGAACGAUCCGGCCUUGGACCAGCUCUGCUCCACUGCUACUUUACAUAACAUUGACGUUCAGCUGGAUGAUGUUUCAAGUAGCUACGAGGUACUUCCCAGGGAGAUCAUCAGCGAAGACAAUGACGGAAAAGCCUUGGAUCCUGUUUCUCAAGUUCAAAAGGCCGUCAACGAGGUAGUCGGAUCCAAGUCGACCCUGCAGAACCCGGAAGUGAUCCGCACCAUCGUAGAUUUCUGGGUUUCCAUGCCCCGAGGCAAGGAUACGAAUAAUGGACUCAUCUCCGUCCUUGUGCUCCAAGUCCUCGAGGCAAUUGUCAACGUGUCAGAGUACAACUUGUCUCUUGUACAUGAGUCAGGCAUAUCGUCUCGCCUGAUGCAGCUGGCAUUUGACCAAGAUUCAUUUCUGGAUGAUGCUGAGAGCGCAAUAGUGCUGAGAAUCUGCAAGAGACUCAUGGUUUUGGGAGUUGGAAGGCUCGCUGAUGCACAGGCCCUGUUGACGAGCUCGUCAAUUCCAACGGCCGAUUUCUGUUUGGAGAUGGUCCAGAAGAAUCAGAAUCCUCCUUUCAUCCAAUUCGAUCUAUCGCUCCACGGCCACUCAUCCAUCGACGUGCCAAAUCUGGGGAGAUCAUUUCCUCCUCAGUCCUCUGCAGGAUACACAUUCAGUGCUUGGGUCCGUGUGGACAAGUUCGACCCCCGAUCACAUACCACGAUAUUUGGUGUGUUCGAUGUAACGCAAACAUGUUUUCUUCUGAUCUAUCUUGAGAAAGACAGUCGAAAUUUCAUACUCCAGACUUCAGUCAAGUCUCAGCGCCCUAGCGUGCGCUUCAAGUCGUUUACAUUUGAGGAAGGCUUGUGGUAUCAUAUUGCUCUGGUACAUCGACGACCAAAGACAAUGACCCCCAGCAAGGCCUCGCUCUAUGUAAACGGAGAGUUUGUAGAACAAAUCCGAGCCCCUUACCCCUCUCCGCCGCCGCCGAUGAACUCUAGCACCGAGAGCUUUGCGUCAUUCACGUCAAGCAGCACGAGGACGCAUCCUGUCUUGGCAUUCAUCGGCACGCCUCGGGAACUUGCUACAUACCUGGGUCACGGACUCAUCACUACGAAAAUAUCACUUGCCUCGACGCAUCUCUUUGAAGAGGCUUUAAGUGAUGAACUCCUGGCCGUAGCCAGCCGGUUGGGACCUCGAUAUCAAGGUAAUUUCCAAGACUGCUUGGGUAGUUUUCAAACGUACGAGGCCUCCGCGGCACUGGGACUGCGGAACGACAUGAUUGCAGCUGGUAAAGAUGGGAGCUCGGAUAUUCUCAAAGUCAUACGCGACAAAGCUGGUCAUGUUCUACCCGAACAACGAUUGUUGCUUAGCAUGAUGCCGUCUUCGAUAUUCAGAGAGAAAGAUCCACUCGGUGACUCCCAGCUUUUCCGGGCGCUAUCGCGGGGCCCAGCUAACACUCUGGUGCAAAUGACUCUCAAGAACGGCAUUGGUGUAGCAAUCAACACUGCUCAGCCCUCAGUCAAUGACGCAUUGAUGCGAUCGAAUGGAGUCUCUGUGCUCACCGGAGAGCCCAUUAUUGCUGUGCCCCAAUAUCUAGAUGACACCAUGUGGCGCCUCGGUGGCUUUACUCCCAUAGCACUGAAACUGAUCGAAAGAGCAUCAUCUUCAGAGUCUCUUCUGCAAGCUGUUGAACUGGUGUUCCGUUGUGCCAACUCGAGCUGGAGAAAUAGUGAGGCUUUGGAAAGAGAUGGCGGUUACGCGAUCAUCGGCAUAAUACUGAAGACCAAGCUCGGCAUGAACACUCCUUCAGCUGGAAAUGAUAAAAUCACCGAAAAGCUGCCUAUUGAGAGCAUCGAGAAGGACAGGCUUUGCUUUCAGCUCCUCAGCCUUCUCCUCGAGUUUGUCGGAUAUACUCAUCACGAUCCCCUCGAGUCCGUUAUCAUCAAUCCUUUGGCUUAUCGCAUCCUCUUGAUCGACUUUGAUGGUUGGAGAAAAUGCGCGCCCAUCAUACAAGAACUCUAUUACAAGCAGUUUGUAACAUUUGCUGUAAUGAGCAAGUAUCACCAAUACAACAACCGUCGCUUGUUGCGCAUGCGUAUUGUGAAACGACUCCUCGAUGCCCUGAAAGCCGAACCGCUACCUUCGGCUGUUUUGCCAUUCUUUCUAACCGCCCUUGAGAACCUUGUCAAAUGCAAUUACAAUACGGAAGUUCAUCGCUCUAUUGCCUUGUUCAUUACGUAUGCUUUCCACACGCCGCCAGCAUCGCGCCCACGAACCCCGAAGCCUGGAUCAGCGGCUUUGAAGACAAAGAACCUAUCGACGCUGCGGCGGCCGACAUUAGAAGGCGAGACCACAGCAGCGAAGAGCUCACCCUAUUUGACUAGGAAGGCAAUCGGCAUCAAGAUACUUGAAAUGUAUAGCCAACUGCUCUGUGAGAAGGGAAACUUGAUGAUCAUCCGCAAGUUUGCUCGGACUGUCACAAACAAGUGGCUGCUACAAUUAUUGUCCGAAGACAAUCCAGAAAUUGUUGUCCACGGAUGCAAGAUACUAGCCAGGCUACUAGUGGCUCAUGGUACCACGUACACGAGCAAAUUCUCCGGCAAAACCGGAGGUUUCUUUAUCAUGGCCCAUCGCCUUAAGAGGUGGUGGGACAUUCCGACCCUAUGGCCUAUAUGCUUGAGCAUCCUCUUUGGUCAUGACGUGGCCGAGGUAGAUUUCGACCGGACGUUUGAUUUCUUCAGCCUCAUUGAAACAUUUGGAAAGUCAAGAGUGGUGCACCCGGAAGCCUUGCCGAUCAUCACUUCCAUGCUGCAGCAUGGGUUGAAAGACGUUCUCAAGAACCAGGAGGAUCCAGACUCGCCAUCGGGUGAUCGGUCUCCAUCAGCACAGAUAAACUCGAUUUCCCCUGCGUUGAUCACUCGGCCUCGUGGUAGAUCAAUGUCUCUUCUUGAAGAACUCGAGACACGGCCAUCUCAGUCAGCCCGUGAUAGGGUAGCUAGCAACGCUGCAGCAUUACAGACAGUCCUGCGCUUCUUGUCCGAUCUUCAUGCUCGAUCUUCAGACUUCAGAGAUUUCGCCCUGAACUCCGAUUAUGUCAGGCUAUUGCUUUCCGCGUUGUAUCCAGCGUUGGUAAGUACUGAUGCUGUCACCCCUGAGACCGAGCUCAACUCUCGGGACUCUGCUCUCACAUUCGAGGGCAGUGACGUGAUUAUCCGCCCAAUGCCCGGCAGUUCUGCCCCGGCGCCGAUCGUCAGGACUGCCAGUAUCCAGGACCCAACACAAGAUACGCCUGCAAACAGCGCGCGUGGCACCCCGCUACGCAAAGCUUCUUCGUUCAUUCUCCUCACAUCACAAAAGUCUCCUCAAGCAAAUUCCUCACGACUAGCACAUGUCAUGUCGCCGAAGAAGAAGGUAGCCUCGCAAAGUAUUGGGCAUACAGUCUUGGAAGGUAUGACGGAACUCGUCGUCAAUGUCUUUGUGGAUCAACUCUUGUCUCGAAAGGAGUUCCCAGGCUUCGGUUUGUUUCUCAAGGUUCCACCAGGUUUCCAAGAACAUCAAGCGUUCUUUGAAUCCUAUAUCUUGCAAAGGACCAUCAAUCAGAUGUCCACGACCGUCAAACUUGAUUGGCAACUCCUGCAUGAGCCAAAGAUUCUUACCAAUAUGGCGCGCUUUAGUCUCCACAUGGUAGAGGCCAUCUUUGAAGGUUGGUUCAUGAACGGAACUGAAUCGAUGCUCGACUUUGCGGGUCUUCUCCUUGAGUACCUCCAGAAACCAGAGAUUGCCAGGCUGAAGACCGUGCGGUUGUGCAACCAAGCAGUCUCCACAAUCCGGAGCUCUUUCCUCAAGCUAAUUCUUCUGAGGCUGUCUGAGAUGGACGAUUCUCAGACUACAGAGAUGGAGGCCAAUUUCUCCAUGAACAAACUCCUCUAUUGGCAAAUGGUAGUGUUGGACUCCCUAUCCGUGGAGGACGACUACAUGAAGCUUCUUUGGUAUCAAUUGUACCUCAAGCUUGUCGAUUCUCGAGAGGAUGUGAGACUUGCUGCAGUCAAUCUUUGGCGUAUCAUGCUUGUUCAGAAGCCGGAUGAGUGUUCGAUCCUGUUUCGGCACUUCGUUAUCCCCGAGCAGGGAAAUCUGACCAGAGACUUCAAAAAGCUCACCGAGCUCGACAACGAGGCCUUCAUCGCGUGGGUUGACGACCAUAGGCCUUUGCUAGAUGGCGCGUUUUUCAAUGGUUUGUCGCGCACCUGGGAAGAGUUUGUGAGCCUCGAAAACCAGAGAACGACAGAUACAGCACGGUCACGGUUAUCCAAGCGUAGAGAGACGCUCAAGCGAUGGCAGGUCGAGCUCUUGGAGAAGAAUAAGGUGGUUGUGCAUCAUGACAUGGCUAACAGCGCAUGGAUGAAAUCAAUCUACGGGUCCGAACACUACAAAUAUCAACGCAGUAUGCAGGAUCAGCAGGACGAUGUGAUAUACUUUUCGUCUGCGUUCGGUAAAAUGAGCGAAAACCUCCUUCGCCCUGGUGCUAUCUUCUAUCAACCUCGACCGACGAAGUGGAGACUCGACAGGACUGAAGGCCGGGACCGCAUGAGAGUCCGCAUUCUCCCAGACUACUCAUCUCAGAAUGAGGUAUUUCAACCAAAGAGGAAGACAAACGACUCGCAGUCUGCCUCCAGUCUGAGACUGAAUACCAGUGCUACAACAACGGAGAGUCCCAGUGUCAAUACAGCCGCCACGCCUGUAUCGGCUAUACCAAAGCCAGCCGAGGUAACGAAUCUCGAAGUCGACGCUCAGGAGGUACCAUCUGAGACCCCGGAGCAACAGACUGACGUUUCGGACAAUCAGUCGGUUGUACCAGAGGAUGAAUUUGAAAUGGUUGACGAUCCGAAUGAUCCCGACGGCCAAGAUGGGUUUGAAGACAAGAAUCGUCGUGUCAUGCGCCGACUUGAAACCCACGACGCUGUCCAGCAAGUCUAUAAUGUCUCUCGCAUCAUUGGAUUGGAGACAUGCGAAGGUAUUCUUCUUGUAGGGAAGAAUAAUCUGUACCUCAUGGAUAACUUCUUUCAAUGUGCUGACGGCGAGAUUGUAAAUGCCUGGGAGGCUCCCGAGGAAGAACGAGACCCAUUCUCGCAGAUCGUCAUGGGGAAGAAGACGGGGGACAAGCGGGCUUCGUCAGCACGACGCUCGCAAGAUUCUCGCAACUGGUCAUGGCAAGACGUUAUUAGCAUCUCCAAGCGUCGAUUUCUGUUGCGAGAUGUGGCUAUUGAGAUCUUUUUCACUGAUGGCCGGAGCUACCUUCUAACGGCUAUUAAUCCAGCUACCCGAGAUGAGGUCUACAACAGACUGCUGAACAAGGUCCCGCACACUACUGGUGCAACUUCUCUGCCUAGCCCAGAGGAUACUUGGCGACUCGAGUCCCUAAGAGUUUCAGAAGAAUCGGCACAGAGUCUGGGCUCAAAGUUUGGAAGUCUCUUCAACUCAUCGCCAUGGAAUCCUGUCAUGCGCCGGUGGCAAAGAGGGGAGAUUUCCAACUUUCACUAUUUGAUGUUGAUAAAUACCAUGGCAGGUAGGACAUUCAAUGACCUAACCCAGUAUCCCGUGUUCCCCUGGAUUCUUGCCGACUACACGAGCGAUGAGUUGGACCUCAACGACCCAGCCACAUUUCGCGACCUCUCAAAGCCCAUGGGAGCACAAACACCAAGCCGUCAAUCGGAUUAUGCGCUUCGCUACCAGAGCCUGGCGGAAAUCGGUGAACAGCCAUUCCACUAUGGCACGCAUUAUUCUUCCUCCAUGGUGGUAGCAUCGUAUCUUAUCCGAUUGCCGCCAUUUGUCCAAUCGUAUAUUUUGCUGCAAGGAGGAACCUUUGAUCACGCCGACCGACUGUUCUAUUCAAUCGAGGGUUCCUGGAAGUCAGCGUCUCGAGACAAUGGUGCCGACGUGAGAGAACUUAUCCCCGAGUUUUUCUAUUUGCCUGAAUUCCUAGUGAACAUGAACGGAUAUGACUUUGGCGAGCGUCAAGGCGGCGGUGGAAAGGUCAACCACGUUCAACUGCCCCCCUGGGCCAAAGGCGACCCAAAGAUAUUCAUUGCCAAACACCGUGAGGCAUUGGAAAGCCCAUAUGUGAGCCAGCAUCUCCAUCUUUGGAUUGACUUGAUCUUUGGGCACAAACAACGUGGAGAGGCUGCUGUUGAGAAUAUGAAUGUGUUCCAUUGGCUAUCCUACCACGGAGCUAAAGACCUUGACCAAAUCACGAAUGCCCAUGAGCGGGAGUCUACGACCAGCAUCAUUCACAAUUUUGGCCAGACGCCGCAUCAGGUCUUUACGCGACCACACCCGUCAAAAGAACACAUGAGGUUCCCGGCAAAGCGACUCGAUACCUCAUGUGCCUCUCUGGCAAGAAUUCCUCAUCCCCUACUGGACAGUCACGAGCGGGUAGCGGCUCUCCAUUACUCGACAAAGUCCGAUCGCCUUUUGUGCUCGUCUCCAUUCCGCCUCAAUCUGCCACCUUUCUAUGAUAAGUAUCUGGAAUGGGGCUAUUCUGACAACAGCAUUCGCUUCUAUUUCACGGAGAAUAGGAAAAACGCCGGCAUCAACGAAAAUCUCCAUAUUGGUCAAAUUUCGUGCAUAGUCGUGGCUGACUCAAAGACCCUGAUUACCGCCGGAGAGGAUUGUGUGGUGUCCGUGUAUAGCAUUCAUACCUCAAGCGGCAAACCUGUUGACUUGCAGCUGCGUUCAUCACUGUUCGGACACAAGACCCCAGUCACAACUAUUGCAGUGUCCAAAGCCUUCAGCACCCUCGUCACAAUAUCAGCCGAUGGCCACAUUUUCCUGUGGGACCUCAAUCGACUCGAAUUCAUCCGAAAGCUUCCUCGGUGUCCGCGGGCGGUCGAAUGCGCCAGCAUCAACGACGUGUCUGGAGAGAUUAUGAUUUGUUCUGGACCGAAUGUAACACUGUAUACAUUGAAUGGAGAGCUCCUUCUCGAUCAGAACGUAUGCAUACCAGGAGAACAUGACGACUAUGUCCAGUCCUGCUCCUUCUACGAAGGAUCUGGCAGCGAGUGGCUGGAGAACUUCAUUGUCUUCACUGGUCACAGAAGAGGAAGAGUCAACAUCUGGAAGCGCAAUGUGAGCAAGAAUGGGAAAUGGCUAUUCGAGCCAAUCAGACGACUCGACCACGUUGAUGCUCGGAGCGAGACAGGAGCAAACGUUGAAGCGGCAAUCACGUGCAUUUACCCAACGCCGCAAAUAGUGUACACUGGGGACGAUGAUGGCAGAGUGUACGAAUGGAAUCUGAUUCAGAGAGAGAGGUAG